ACAUUUUGAAGGCGGCCGAGGCCUCUCGCUUCGCACAUUCACUCGCCUGGUGGACGGAUUGACUAGCGUAGAAUGUCCCAGGAAGAAGUUUUGCCCGAAAUGGAGAGUAAUAUCUGCCCCAGGGGUUGCGGAAAUCAAAUGGAGAAAAUCGGCAACGAAUUCGUCUGCCUACAAUGCGUCUCGGGGAGGAGAAUCCAGCAGUCGUGGAUUCUGAACUACAUAUUGUACGGAGUGGAAAACAUCGAGAUGUGUCCCAAACGAUGCGGCAAUCAAUUAGUGCGAAUCGAUAAUUACUCUCUCUGCAUGAAAUGCAACGCAGGAAAAAAAUUACAACGGGCAUUGGGACUGAACGAAAUUCCAUCCAAGCGCAGUCUUACAGGCUUAACUCCGCCAGCAGCAUGCGAACAAGCUCCCUGGUCCAACGGUGGAUUGUCCACCAUCGCGAUUGACCCGGUCAACAGCAGAUGCACAUUUUGCAGUAAAUUCAUAGCGGUUGGAGACAGGGAAGCCCACAGCAUCGACACCAGUUGUUUACAGUGCGGUACGUUUUUCGGAUGCAUUGUAAACAAAGCCAAGCACUACCAGUAUGAUUGCUGGAUUUAAUUUAUUUUGUCACCUGAUUAGGAGUGAUCGCAGUAUUUUUAGAGUACUAGACCAUAGUACUCUCAUACAACUUCCUUUUUCAGUAAAAUUGACGAGAAGAUAUUUUUGUAGCUUCAUACAAAUUGUAAAUAGACGCGGUGCUUUUUGUUCAGGGAAAUUUUCAUAUGCAAGUUAACUGAUGCAAUAUGACUUCUCAUAAUUAAAACUUGCAUCAAAGUUCUUCUUUAAUUUUAAUUUAUAAUAAAUAUUUGUGACUUCUUUUGUAAUUGUAAAUUUAUUUAAUAUCCGUAAUUCAUUGACUAAUAAAGUGCAUCAAUUUCCCUAAA